AUGCUGCGGACAACUACGAACUUACGCCACGAGUUGGCCAAGGCCACGCUCCGCACCGCUCUAAGGAACAACAUUGUCAGAUGCUUGGGAACCCAGUGCCUUCACAGAAAGCACCAACAGAGAUUAUUAUAUUACAAAAAUUCAAGACUGACGCUAUGGCAACAAAAUUUAAGAAAUUACGCCAGUUUGCCAGACCACAUAAAAGUGCCUCUGCCAGCUUUAUCACCAACAAUGGAAACUGGAACUCUAAUUGCUUGGCACAAAAAGGAAGGUGAGAAACUGAACGAGGGAGAUCUGCUAGCCGAAAUUGAGACAGACAAAGCAACUAUGGGCUUUGAGACGCCGGAGGAGGGUUAUUUGGCGAAAAUCAUUGUACCCGCUGGUGAAAAGAAUGUUAUGGUCGGGCAGCUCGUCUGCAUCAUCGUGCCCGACGAAGAGAGCAUCGCCGCUUUCAAAGACUUCAAAGCGGACGCCUCGAUGAAAGAGCAUUCCGCUCCCGCCCCCACCCAGGCCCCGACUCCGGCUCCAGCUCCGACUUCAACAAUGACUCCUCAGCCAGCCGCGCCCAAGGUCCCAACACCCUCGGUGCCGAGCGCUCCACAAGGCAGCAGAGUCUUUGCCAGCCCGCUCGCGAGGAAACUCGCCGCCAAACAGGGUAUCAAACUAGAAGGCUUGAAAGGCUCUGGCUUGUACGGCUCAAUAACAUCGAAAGACUUGGCUGGUGCGCCCGCAGCUACAGCCCCGACUACAUCGGCGGAUCCAUCAUCAAAAGCAGCAGUGAGUAGUGGACUGAGCAAAGGAACCGACAUUCCCAUAUCUAAUAUUCGAGGAGUGAUAGCCAAGCGUUUGUUAGAAAGCAAACAGACCAUACCGCAUUAUUAUCUUACUGUUGAUGUAAAAAUGGACGACGCCUUCACAAUAAGGAAACAGUUUAAUACCAUAUUGGAAAAAGAGAAUGUCAAAAUCAGUGUUAAUGAUCUUAUUAUUAAAGCUAUGGCAAUGGCAUGUAAAAAAGUUCCAGAAGCUAACAGUGCUUGGCUAGGAGACAAAAUUCGUCAAUACGAUCAUGUAGAUGUUAGUGUAGCAGUUAGUACAAACAACGGACUAAUGACUCCAAUUGUUUUUGAAGCGGAUACUAAAGGUAUCGUUCAAAUCAGUAAAGAUGUAAAAUUGUUAGCCGAGAAAGCUAAAGCGGGUAAACUUCAGCCACAAGAAUUUCAAGGUGGAACUAUUACCGUUUCCAAUCUUGGCAUGUUUGGCAUACAUAAAUUUUCAGCCAUUAUAAAUCCACCGCAAUCCAUAAUUCUUGCUAUAGGAACGACAGAAUCAAGAUUAAUACCAUCAUCUAACCAGCAAGGCUUUGCUACUGGCCAGUACAUGAGUAUAACUGCCAGUUGUGAUCAUCGCACAGUUGAUGGAGCAGUUGGAGCAAAAUGGUUAACUACUGUCAAAGACUUUUUAGAAAAACCAACAAUGAUGCUUCUUUAAGUAAUAUUCUAUGAAGAAAAAAAACUAGUAAGACUCAAGAUUCAGUUACAAGUAUAUUGUGAGUCUAUAUAAGUAAAUCUUCAACCAUUGUUAAUGCAACAAUGAAGAGAAGCUAAAUCACUUGUAAUGGUCAUAGUUCGUUGCAGUAGAAACUUGCCGAUUUUAUAAUGACGUGAAAAACUGACAUUGAAUAAUUCAAGAUGUGCUGGCACUAUGUAAAUACAAUUUACUUUAAGAGUGAAUGUUAUACAGAUGUAUAAAACGUUAAUUGUGUAUGUCAAUAUCAUUAAAAAUCCGAACUAACGAAAGUAAAGGCGUAUUAUUACUUGUUUCUAGUUGGUAAAUAUGUGUACAUGUACAACUAUUUAAUAAAUUAUUUACAUUACGCCUGAAAUAUUAAAUGAAAAAGUUUUUACUUUAUACGAUACUUGGUAUUGUGUAUACAUAAUACGUCUAUUUUACAUCGCAAUGAUUUACUUUAUAUAUAUAUAUA